AUGUCACGCACAAAUGGCGGAGGCGCGAAGCAGCGUCUCAUGUCUGAGAUGCAGGCUCUUCAGAAAGAGAAAUGGGUAAACAUCGACACCGAGUCAGGCAAUCUCUUCCGAUGGCGCAUGGCCCUCUGGGUUGUCAACCCCGACAGCGCCUUCUAUGGCGGCUACUUCCGGGCUGAGAUGGCCUUCACCGAAGAGUACCCCUUCCAGCCGCCCAAGUUCCGCUUUCUCAUCCCGAUCUACCAUCCGAACAUCUACCCCGAUGGACAGCUGUGCAUCUCCAUUCUCCACAAGCCAGGCGAGGAUCUCAUGUCCGGCGAAGAGGCCAGUGAGCGCUGGUCCCCAUUGCAGGGCGUCGAGUCAGUCCUUCGAUCGGUCCUCCUCUUGCUUGAUGAUCCUGAGAUCAACUCCCCCGCCAACGUGGAUGCUAGUGUCAUGUACCGAGACAAGCGGGACCAAUACAACAAGAAGGCCCGUGAGACGGUCGAGCGGUCCAAGAAGGACAUCCCCGACGGCCUGGAGAUGCCCAAGACCGUCGAGCAGGCUCCUCCACAGAAGGCCGAGGACGACGAUGCGUUCUGGGCCGAGAGUGACGAGGAGUUCGAUUUUGGAGGGAGCGAUACCGGUGACGACGACGACGAGAUGCAAGACUUCGAGGAGGAUGGCGGAGACAAUGACAACAGUGAUGAUGACUGA